CCGCGCAGGGGGUUCACCGGGAGUUCACGCGCAUACAUUAGGUAACACCAUCGCUCGCUCUGACAUAACCAGUAUGAAGGAGAUAAGGGGAAGAAAGUCCCGUCGACUAACUUUGUUAUGCAAAACGGAGACGGAAUCCCGCACGCGCUGAACCGCCGCGGCUCCGCGCACCGACGCGCUCCCCUCCCGAGCGCGCACACGCCCCUCCGGCGGCCACACGGGCAUGUUUUACCCCUAAAACACCGUUUGCAUCAAAGUCACGUCGGUGUGUGUGUGUGCGUGGGGUUUGGAGGGGGUGGGAUAAUACACCCGCAUUGCUGUGGAGGACUUGCACAUGCGGACACCACGUCCCACGCGCGCGGAUAGUCGCUGAGACCCGGAACCCCUUUAGGACAUGUUCGACUAUCUGGAAUUUCACGCGUUCGGCCCCGGAGAAGUCAUGGACCUGUACGCGUCCACGUCCAGCCCCGCGUGCGUGCUGCAGGAGCACGACCAGGAUGUGGAAGCCUUCUUCCCGCAGCUGGUGGAGGCGGACUGGCAGCAGCACCGCUGCUCGCAGUCCGUUGAAAGCCAGAGCUCCAACUCCAGCUCGGACGACCUGUUCGCCAGCCCGGCCUCCCCACCGCCGCCUCCUCGCACCUACAAGCCCUGCUUCGUGUGUCAAGACAAGUCCUCCGGUUACCACUACGGCGUCAGCGCCUGCGAGGGCUGCAAGGGCUUCUUCCGCCGCAGCGUGCAGAAAAACAUGGUGUACACCUGCCACCGGGACCGGAACUGCAUCAUCAACAAGAUCACAAGGAACCGCUGUCAGUACUGUCGGCUCCAGAGGUGCUUCGCCGCGGGAAUGUCCAAGGAGUUGAGGAACGACAGGAACAGCAGGAAGGGGAAGAAGGAGGCGGUGAAGAUGACCGUCAUGGAGACGUACGAGCUGACGGCGGAGCUGGGCCUGAUAGUGGAGAAGAUCUGCAUUGCUCACAGGGAGACCUUCCCCUCUCUCUGCCAACUAGGAAAAUACACCACAAACUCCAGCUCGGACCACAGGAUUCAGCUGGACCUCGGGCUGUGGGACAAGUUCAGCGAGCUCGCCACCAAGUGCAUCAUCAAGGUGGUGGAGUUCGCCAAGCGAGUGCCUGGUUUCACCGGCCUGACCAUCGCCGACCAGAUCACUCUGCUCAAAACCGCCUGCCUGGACAUCCUGAUCCUGAGGAUUUGCACUCGCUACACUCCCGACAAGGACACCAUGACCUUCUCCGACGGGCUGACCCUGACCCGCACUCAGAUCCACAACGCCGGCUUCGGGCCGCUGACGGAUCAGGUCUUCACGUUCGCCGGCCAGCUGCUGCCGCUGCAGAUGGACGACACGGAGAGCGGCCUGCUCAGCGCCAUCUGUCUGGUCUCCGGAGACCGACAGGACCUGGAGGAGCCGUCGAAGGUGGAGGUGCUGCAGGAGCCGCUGCUGGAGGCGCUGAAGAUUUACUCCCGCAAACGGCGGCCCAGCAUGCCCCUGAUGUUCCCCAAGGCCCUCAUGAAAAUCACCGACCUCCGCAGCAUCAGCGCCAAAGGAGCGGAGAGGGUGGUGACGCUGAAGAUGGAGAUCCCGGGCUCCAUGCCCCCUCUGAUCCAGGAGAUGCUGGAGGAUCUGCAGGACCUGGAGAAACGCUCUGAGGAGAGCCAAGCGGAGGCCAACAGCAGCCAGCACACACAGCGCAUCGUCUCCUCCUGACUUCUCACUCAAAGAAAGAAACUUUGUGUCCCGAGGGGACGCUAACAGGAUGAACUAAAGAUCCGCAGGGUUACUAGUGUCUUACCUCAGUUUCACAGAAGAAGAGAUUCAGUUAUUACGCUGAUGAGCAAAGUGCUAAUUUCUGCCUCAAAGUGGAAAAAACUGAAUGGUGUAGUUUUUAGAUUGUAUCACAGUUUCCUUUUUUUACCCUCAUAACCAGUGGGAAUAACACAGGAUUCUACUGUAUUUAUACAUGCAUGGAUUACGUUUACCUCAUUUGAUAACAACUUCUUUAGCUUCCUAAGUUAUUUAACACACAGACUUAAAACGUCUACUGCUUGUACACGCAAUUGACUGUUUGUAAAAAGAAAGCUGUGAACAAAGCAGAUUUGUCCAGACAAAAGGGAAACAUUUUCCGGAAAGGUGAAUGUUCAUAACCGGUAAAGUUCACAAAGGUACUUAACUGACUCUAUACAGGCCUUGAAAACAAAAAAGUGAACAAAAGUACUUAUUCAGGGAUGAGUCUUUGACUUUAUCUGAACAAAAUGAUUUAGAUAAGUGUUUGUCUGACAAUAGGAGGCGCAACAUUUUGCUCAUUUCCAUGAAGUAAAAUGGGUCAGAAUUUUGCACUUUUACUUGAAGAUAAAUAUUGUCGCACUGCAGUGACGUCCUUUUCUACCUUUCAUAUUCAACAGACCGAAGGAAUCAUUUCUAUUUGGGUCAAGUCCCUGAAAUAUUUUUUCAAUGAAGAAAUUAUCGCAAACCAUAUCAAAAUGAUGGAAAUCAUUCAUUUGUUUCAAAGAGGCUCAGCCCUGUGAUGCGAUACAUUCCACUCUGUCAUUGUUCGCAGAACGUACUUUAAAUUAUAUUAACACGUUUUUCGAGAGCUCUAUAAAAUGAUCUCUUUUCACACUGAAUAAAGAUGUUGUGGUAAAUGUCGGGAUGAUUUCUGCCGCGGCCGCUCUCUCAGCGAAACAACAAAUAGUCCGUGCACAACGCUCGCCCUGUAAAACCACCAGCGGUUGUUUACACUGUUGUUGUUUUUUUGGUAUCAAAUGGAACGGUAAACAAACAGGAAGUACGAUGUAUUUCUCUAAAUGUGGAACUGCUCCUUUAAAAACUUCAAUCAGUUGUUGUACAUUUUGCUGGAUAUCUGCAGUAUAAAAUAUAUCUGCACCGUUAGUAAGCUAACGCACAACUUUAUUCCAUCACAUAUAUUCUACAUGCAAAGUUUAAUCUCAAAUGUUGUUUUUGAAGCUAUUAGUAGGCCUCCAUGUUUACCGAAAUUUUGGAGUUUCAGUAAUAAUAAUAGAUAAAUAAAAGAUCCUUAUUUUUGAAAGCUCAAACUUUUUUUUUUCCUUUAACAAAAUAAGUUUUAGAAACGCAUUGUUUUUGAUAUUGUCCUAUCACGGGAAAUACUGUUUACUGUAGAAAUAAUACUGAUUAAAAAUCAAGGAAACUUGCGACAGGAUAAAAAGGAUUAUGGGAAAAGCAGUCUAAUGUUACAAUACGCAGAGCGGUAUUUAUAUUUAACAUCAGAAACAUUUGUGCCUCAAGAAAUGUACAUUCUAUUAAACAGACUUUGGUUGGUGUAUAAAAUAUCUUCUGUAAUUCUACUUUAAGAACUCAUGUGCUCACUCCACAUAUGCUAUCUUAGAUAUUUUGUGAAUUCUACAUAUUUUGCCAAUUUAACCUGGAACAUUUCAUCACGUUUGAUAUGUUUGUUUUUCUUGCUCUAUUAAAGUCUUGUGUAUAUGAUUUAA